AGAUUUAACCAAUAAUAAAUACAAUUACCAUAGAAUGUCACGUAUGGAACUCUAUUCCCCAGAAGGGUUGAGAAUUGAUGGACGAAGGUGGAAUGAACUUCGUCGAUUUGAAUCAAGAAUUAAUACUCACCCAAAUUCUUGUGAUGGAUCUUCAUAUGUUGAACAAGGAAAUACAAAAGUAAUUUGUAUGGUUCAAGGUCCUAUGGAACCUUCAUCUAGAUCACAAGCAGAUUCAGCUGGUGCUACUAUUGAAGUUAAUUUGUCGGUAGCAAGUUUUUCAACUUUUGAAAGAAAGAAGAGAUCUAAAUCGGAGAAAAGAAUGGUAGAAAUGAAAGCUACUUUAGAAAGAACAUUUCAACAAAGUGUCAUGUGUCAUUUAUAUCCUAGAACAUUAAUACUGAUAGAUAUUCAUGUGUUAGCUCAAGAUGGUGGUUUAUUAGCAAGUAUGGCUAAUGCUGUAACAUUAGCUCUUAUAGAUGCUGGUGUUGCCAUGUAUGAUUAUGUAUCUUGUAUAAGUGUUGGUUUACAUGAUCAAACUCCAUUACUAGAUUUAAAUGGAUUAGAAGAACAGGAUAUAAGUACAUUAACGAUUGGUGUUAUAGGGAAAACUGAAAAGUUAGCAUUAUUAAUGUUGGAAGAUAAAAUGCCUCUAGAUCAUUUAGAAUCAACUCUUGGUAUAGCGAUAGCUGCAACACAUCGUAUACGGGAUUUGAUGGAUGAUGAAGUGAGAAAGCAUGGAAACUUAAGAUCAUCAAAGUUAGCCAAGAACUAAUCGAAUAGCAUAAUUUUAACUCUGUAUAAUAAGUCAUAUUUUUUAAAUGAAUUAAGAAUGAAAUACAUGUGUAGAUUAUUUUACUAUAAAAAAUUAAUAGAUCAAUAAAACAUAACUUAAAUACAUAUAGUGUCUUGGUUAGUGG